AUGAUUAAAGUGAACAAGAAAAUCCUCAGUUUCAAGAAUCUCUGCAAGGAUGCCCAUUUAAUAUCUGGCUCAUCUCUUGCCCAUUUUAUUGCUUUUUCUUCAUCACAACUCCCCCGCAUAAACAGCGCAGCACCAUUGAUUUAUGAUUCGCAGAUUCGAGUUUGUAUUAGCCAUUUUAUCAAUAAAAGAAAAACAGACGACGAUGAUCCAAUGAUUUUUUCUUCAUAUUCACCCGCUGAUUUAGAUGUUGAGAAUCAUCUGACACAUUGUUAA